CACCCCCUUGUGACGUGUGAAAAAUCGUGAAAACGCCAAGAAAAUACCGCAUAGUAGAUGGAACGGUAGCGCGUCGUUCACGGGAUCAACGAGAAGGCGGCGAUAGGGGACGGCGCUGUGGGGUUGCGUGCGGCGGGAUGGCUGCGAAAGGGCGAGGACGGGGCAUCGCGGCCUUCACCUUCAACAUCGAGGCUUUGGGCAUUUCCAGGGCGUCGCUUCCCGAGGCUACUCUCGGCCCCAAGCCGCUGUUCCCGGAUGUAGAAUACAAACCAGUGCCACUGAGUAGUGGCGAAGAUGAGGAAUAUAUGCUCGGCCUGAAACAGGAAAUGAGAUGUACGAUGAAACGUCUGCCGUUCAACGUUACAAAGCCUGAAGAGAAGGCAGGUGUGGAAAGAUACCGGGAGAUGUAUGCACAGGCGAACGGCAAAGGCAAACGAAACGAAUGGACACCAGACUGGAAUCGCCUCCCAAAGGAGUUGAUGCCCCAGAAGAGAAAAAUAAAAAAGAAACCAAAGGUGAAAAAGGAACCCAAGAUAUCAUCAAGCAAAGAGAAAGAAGAGCUGCUCGACAAAUUAAAUGACCUGGAGAAGAAAGAUGAAAAAUCAGAUGAAGAAAAAGGAGAGAAGGCAGAAGAGAAUGAAGAUGAAGAUAAAGAGGAAGCAGAAGCGGAGGAGUAUGAUGAAGAAGAGGUAGAAGAGGAGAAUGACUAUAUUGCCAGCUACUUUGAAGAUGGCGAUGAUUAUGGAGCAGGCAGUGAUGACAACAUGGAUGAGGCCACAUACUAACCUAUACUGAUGGUAACUGCUGAAGUGCCAAACUGGAGUAACUCAGGUCAAAUGCAUUAAAAUGUACAGCAUUGUUACUUUGUCAUGGUAUAUGACACUUUUGAUUUGCACUUUUUGCUAUUAUACAUUUUUGUUAAUCAUUUGUUUAUUCUGUAAAAGUUGAGUAUCAGAAUCAGAAAGGUUUGACGUUGCAGGUCUGGCCUUGUAGGGUGAAUGACUUUCAGUAAGAUGUACACUUUCUUUAUAAAUCUGAAGAAUGCCCCUGGGAUAUAUUUUCCUUAAUGUAAAACAAUUUACUAUGCAUUAUUACACUGUGCCUCAUGAAAAAGACUGCAAAAAACUAUAAUGCUGUCUUGCCUUAAAUAAUGGCAAAUAAAAAUGAUCCGCAAGUGUGGCUUUGAAGCAGAUGCAUUCUAAAGAUCUUGGACUCUUCUGAAAUAUUGUAUGCACCCCCCCCAGCCACUUUAUUAGGCACACUUAAGUUUGGGGAGAUGUUCUUUCUGAGAUGCCCCCCUCCAAGCCACUUUCGUGCAACCAUUCUUUGUUUACUUG